UGCCUGUUGUCUCAAGGUCAUGAUCAUAUUCACCUGAUUUUCAAGUUCUCCGCUUGGAUUUUUAUUCGUAUAGGGAGCACUCGGCAACUUCAGUUUGCAGCGACUCAUAUAAGGUUUGCAGCAAGUUUAUAGCACUAUUAGUCGUGAUAUACUAAAGCAUGUUUCCCUUGACCGGUAGUAAAUCUAUAUAUCGGUCGUGAAUUGGGAAGAGCUACAAAGUACCUGAGCCUCUGUGGGUAAACCCAAUUUUGUCCAGAACAUCAGAAGCUACUAGUAGUCUAUUUCCACUAGCCAAGUUACCUUGACAUAUACGGAAACUCUCAUCUUGUGACUUUUGUUGUUGACCCUGUAUUGACCAUGGAGUGGGGCGUGGGAUUGAUGGCCUGAGGCAGCAACAACGCGGACUGAGGCCUGACUCACGGAAAUCGUGGUGGCGACCACCAAUCUCAGUCGUCGUCCUUCCAAUUUGCAACCACCAUUGAAGAGCGGCGUUGCUGCGGGAAAAGACCACGAACCGAACAGAUAAUUGCGAUUGAAUUCAUCGACUAGACAUUGAGGCUGAUACACUAGGACCGAUCACUGUCUAGUGGACGCCCUUUGGAUGAUCUGGGUAACUGAUAGAAUCGGAUCGAAGCUACGCCAGCCCAGCCCAGCCUGUCCAAGCGUCGUGGCCUUUUGAGUAUUGCAUUUGGACUCUUUUUUCUUUUAUGAGUAUCGCCUCAUCUCCUCUUUUCAUCUCUGUCAACGGCUGCGUUAGAAAUUCGCCCAGCGGGUGAUCUGGCGAAGCUUCGGAUCGAUAUUGAGGUUCAUGCACCGCUGGAAUUAGCUCGGACCACGAACUCUCUUCAUAUAUCUAGAUGGCUGGCCCGUUUCGACAAUAGGGCCGUAUAGUGGUCGCAGACGAUAUUCCCUUCGUCUUCGCUCAAUAUGUCAAUGUUCAGAUCGCCUACAGAGAUCCCUUCCUUUGAUUCCGACUCCAACGACGGUGACGAUGAGGUGAUUGCAAACGAAAAGGCCAAACCUCCUGGCCAACCGCUUAUAGAGGAUGACGAGACAGUCGACGACAAUGCCGAUAUAAAGGAUCUGCUCAAUGCAGAUACCGAGAGCCAUUCCAACCUUAUGACGGCCGCUCUCCUGGAGUUCUAUUGUCUCACGCGUGCGGCUGAUAUUCUCAACAGACAGCAUGGCUCUAGUGCUCGGUACACUCGUGACUCCCCAGAGGUGCAGUUCCUGGGGAAGAAGAUGUACGCGUACAAAUCGAACUUUCUUUCAUCCCAUGGCGUGCUUCAGGACGGUGUCGAUACGGAUAAGUGGGGUUCGACGCGGCAAUACUAUCGCGACAACCUUGAUGCGCUUGGGCUGUCGGCCCUGGAAGGGCUGAAUUUGGGGGACAGCCACGCAAGGCCAGCGCCGAUACGAGCAACGAGUGAACUUGUUUUGGCAUCGAAGACGAAAACUAUGCAAACGCAAUCGACAAAAGAGGUUACGACGAACCUCCGCCUAGAGGGCCGAGACAUUGGCCCGUUAGACUUUCGACGACCUGGCGCGCACCAUGGUAUUGCGCUGGAAGACUUUCGGCUCGACCCGAGACGCAUCCCACGUCCUUUAUUACCCAUGACUGGUACCUCGCCGACAAGCUUUCCAUUAUUCGACGCCAACUCUGCACAUUCCACAAGUCGUUUGUCUAGGUAUGCGGUGGAGUUUUCUGAGAUUCGGAUCCUUGGACGAGGGUCGUUCGGGGAAGUAUAUCACGUUAAGAACCAUAUGGAUGGUCAAGACUAUGCAGUCAAAAAGAUUCCGUUGAGUCAGAAACGACUUGAACAAUUGCAGCGCGGGAAUGAGAAUCAACUCGAGAAUAUAAUGAAAGAGAUCCGGACACUGGCUCGUCUAGAGCAUGCAAAUGUUGUUAGGUAUUUUGGGGCGUGGUUGGAACAGACUCACUUUCCGAGGCUUCCAUUCGUUGGCCAGAAUAGUCUGGAGAAAAUUGAGUUUGAGCAGACCAAAGACCAAUCCGAGGGACCUGAUGCGCCUUCUGUCGAUGACAGCUUUGGCAUUGUUUUCGAAGCCUCACAAGAUGUGUCGCAUCAGCUGACCUCUACGGAAGACGAAUCGGUCGAUUCUCAUAGCAACAGAGAAGCUUCGCACUCCUCAGAAAAACCUCUAUCACGCAGCCUUGAAGACGAUGUUGAGUCAAUUCCGCGUAACUUUGAUGAGCCCACAUACAGUCAGCUAUCGACGUUUGGCGGUACCGACGGCGACAUUUUUACGGAUGGUUUCAGUAAUGACCAAUCACAGCUUCAGCUACAGCGCAAACAUCGACCUGGGGAUCUUCCAGCCGUAGUGCUGCAUAUCCAAAUGUCGUUGCAUCCAAUCCCGCUCAGCUCGUACCUGCGGCCGCAGCAAAGUGUUGACGUUGAAGCUCCACUACGACACCACUGCUAUCACCUCUUACCAUCACUGAAACUCAUUUUGAACAUCAUCGCCGGCGUCGACUAUCUUCACUCAAAGGGCAUUGUACACCGAGACCUCAAGCCAGCAAACAUCUUCCUCUCCUGCUCAGACGACCGAAACUUCAAAGAGUGCCUACCCUGCAAGGAGAAAAUCGGAACCUGUUCCAAAUUCUCUCACCCGCGGAUAGGAGAUUUCGGCCUUGUCGCAGACAUAUCACACCUGAACGACAGUGUCCCAGGAACCCCUGUAGCAUCCGACCACCCACAGAAAAUAAACCGGGUCGUCGGUACCGAGUUCUACUGCCCCCCUUUCUUCCGCAACAAAACCCUCAACGGAAUCCCCUCGCAGGAAGAAUUAUUCGACUACGCAAUUGACGAAUCCCUUGACGUCUAUGCCCUAGGAGUCAUCCUCUUCGAGCUCGUCUACCGCCUCAACACCAAGAUGGAGCGGCAACUGGUCCUCACAGAACUAACGAGGGGUCUUCAGCGGCCGACGCCGACGGGGUUCAUUCGAGAGCGCCCGGUCUUCCCGUCGGACUUUGACCAGAAGGUUGACCAUGGCGAGGGGGUUUUGCCGAGUGGACUCACUGUUGCGGAGGCCCUGAAGACGUGUAUACGGGGGAUGUUGGAGCUGCAGCCGCAGCUGCGGUGGCGGUGCUGCAAUGUUCAGAGGUACCUACAGGGGUUAGCAGAUGCGGUGCAGAACGCGUUUGAGCCAUGAGGCCAGCGGCCAUCAACAGACUUGCCUGUUGAUGUCAUCACCAGCGAUGAAGGACGACGGCGGACGAGAGACGAUUUGAUUUGAGUAUUCGAGCAGUUUUAUAUAACCGUUGGCGAAGACGGUAAGACACAGAGCAUUCAUCCAUCACAUACAAGCAACAUGUACCUAGGAACCAUACUUUGUACUACUCCUAACUAGAAGUCUCGGCUCACCUGCACGCAUGUGGGUAUUUUCAAGCUACCCGCCGAUCCCAUGUGCAAGCACAGAGAGCCCUACUAGACAACAGAUCAAACUAAGUGUAAGCUCCCAACUUGACAAGAGUUUUUUUCAAGACUGCAAUAUAGUCCUAUCCCGAAAGUAUCGGGCCGAUCCUCCCUUGUUACAUUCCUCGACGCCUUAGCAAAGGCGGGCGUUGCAAAAUGUCGCACGAGCAAGAAUACCCGAGAUUUCACAAAAGGGCGCAACAAGCAAGCUACGGCGCUCCCUCGGCACACGAAGUCCAGUGUAAAUGGGGAUGCGGUGUGCCUCUGUCACCACAAUCCUUGAGACGACAUGAGACGUCCAGUUGUGAGUAUCUCCAAGAUUGCUUCAUCGCCAAAG